AUGCCCAAGUACUGUCGAGCCCCGCACUGCUCCAACGCGGCGGGGCAGGCCCGGCCGCCCGCCCGCCGCCUCAGCUUCUACAAGUUCCCACUGCAUGACGCAGCGCGGCUGCGGCAAUGGCUGACGCAGAUGCGGCGGGAGAACUGGGUUCCCACCCGUCACCAGCACCUCUGCAGCGACCACUUCGAACCCUCCUGCUUCCAAUAUCGCUGGGGUGUCCGUUACCUGCGGCCUGACGCCAUCCCCACCAUCUUCCCCCGCAGCCCCCUGAAACGGGAGAGUCCCAGCAUGCUGCCAGGCGCCACCCAGCCUAAGCAGCCCCUCCCGGCAAGCAGCCAGGAGCCAGUGAUACCAGGACAGCCAGCCGUCCCUGAAACCGCCCCAUCAGAGGCCACAACCGUUGCCCUGGAACCUGACUCAGCCGCGGCAACGCCGCUUCUUGGCCCCGUGGACAGCCCCGAGGGGGUCCCCGCCCACCCGCAGCCUUCCCUGGGCUACGCCACUGCGCCGCCGCCGUCACCGUGCCGGCGGGUGGAGCAAGUGGAGGAUGUCACCGUCGAGCUGCCCGUCGCCGGCCCGCCGCCAGCAUAUUUUGAGCCCAUCCCCGCAACACCAGUCACGGUGCCGGAAACUGUCCUCUCCUCGGCCUUAACGCUGCCCAUCGUUUCCACUGUCCCCAUUGUUUCCAAAACGGUGACGUCGAUGUCACCGUCAGGCGAGCUGAGCACCGAGGAACUUGUCGGCGUGGUGCUGGUGCUGCAGCGGAAGGUGAAGGUGCUGCAGCAGCGGCACCGCCGGCACCGCGCCCGGCUGGAAGCCAUGGAAGGGUUGGUGGAGCAGCUGCGCCAUGAGAGCCUGCUCUCUGAGGAGAGGCUCAAGCUGGCCUGCCUGCAACCGGGGCCGGUGACAGCAGAUCCCACCAGCGCCGUUACCAUCAUCUGCCAGGAGGAGGAGGAGGAGGAGGCGACAUUGGUCUACACUGUGCCACCGCCGGCGGGGACAACCUGUGGCCUCAGCCUGGAGCGGCUGUGAUGUGGUGGCACCGGUGCCACCGUCACCAGGAACCUGCUGGGACAUUGGGGGGGGUGGUCCUCCCUGGGGACACCAUGCUGUGCCUAGGGGUGUCACCCAGAAGCCAGGGGACACCCCCAACCCCUGGGGACACCCCAGUUGCGUGGCCACUCCCCCCCCGACCUGCA